AUGAAUCGCUGCGAGAGCUCGGCCCAGUGGGGAAGCCAUUACGAGAUCCUCUCCGUAAAAGAAGGCGCCAGCUACGAAGAAAUCCGCAGCGGCUACCGAUCCGCAAUCCUCAACUCCCACCCCGACAGAUCGCAGCAGAACACCUCGGAUUCUUCCGCCGCCGCCGACGAGAAAUUCCUCAGAGUCCAGAGGGCAUGGGAAGUCCUGAGCGACUCCAGGUCGCGAGCGGCGUACGACAACGAGCUGCGGGCGUCGAGACGGCGGCAGGAUUCGAGCGUUUCGGGGGACAUCGAUUUGAUGGAUGUGGGGGUUACGGUGGUUGAGGAAAGUGGCGUGGUGGAGCUUUGUUAUGAUUGCCGGUGUGGGGAUUGUUUCUCGGUGGAUUCUUCGGAUUUGGAGAGGAUGGGGUACAAACUGUCGAGGGAUCGAGAUAAUGUGUGGUUUGAGGACGACGGAGAUGAUGCUUCGAGGCCAGCGGCGGCUUCGGUUGUCAUAUCUUGCGGGUCUUGUUCUCUGCGAGUCCGGUUGUCGAUUGAGACCGGACUUAAAGUUCCAUUUGGUAGCAUUUGA